AUGAAUAAUUUGAGCGCUAAUUUUCGAUAUAUUGAUGAUAGAAGAUUUCAUAACGUUGAAGACUCAAAAUACCUUUUACCAAAUGACAAACAGGAGUGUGAUAGGUUACUUUUACAACAUUUGAUGUGGAAAAAUUGUUGGAAUGGUAACUUUUCCGCUCCUAUUGAAAAGAUUCUAACACAAAAGGGAUCUAAAGUUCUCGAUGUAGGUUUUCCGAAAGCUCAUUUCACUGGUGUGGAUUUUGUUCCAAUUCAACCAAAUGAAAAUAAACUGGAAAACGUUACCUUUGUUCACAUAAAUGCAUUAGAAGGACUACCAUUUAAGGACAAUACUUUUGAUUACAUAUUUCAACGGUUUUUAGUUGUCUCAUAUCCUAGGGAUAAGUGGGAUUUUAUUAUAAGUGAAUUGGUUAGAGUGUUGAAACCUGGUGGUUAUUUAGAGUUAAUGGAAGACGAUCUGGAACCUGGAAAUAUGGGUCCUGUGACAAAUAAAUUAGCAACAAGCAUACUUAAUGAAUGGGAAAGUAUUGGAUUAGAUACAAAAAUUUGUUACAAGUUACCAAAGCAUUUAGAACAAAAUAAAAUGCUCAAGAAUAUUUGGAGUGAACAAAGAACAAUUGACUCAAAAACUACUAAUAUUGGGGAUAUGCAAACUAAAAAUUGGAUUGAAACAGCUCUGGGAUUAAGAUUAACAUUGUCAAAUAUUCUAAAUAUUACUCAUAAAGAGUUCGAUAAAUCUCUUGAUAUAGUCUAUAAAGAAUUUAUAGAAUUUAAUUCUUUCACUCUGGUUAAACGUGCUUAUGCUCAGAAAAUCGAAGCCAAAACACGUCAAAGUUUCAUAAAUUUUUCAGCCAUUAAAAAAUUUUUUAAUUAUACAGAAAUCUGA